CUCCCCUCACCACAUCAUUAAUACAUUCCAGGCCCUUUGUAGUAUGUCUGAGUGAAUCAUCACCGAUAGAGCCCCGUUUUUCACAUCGACUUUUGCAUCAUGACACCCCACUCUCGUUCUCCCUUUCUCUUGCUCCCGGUCGAGGUUCGCCUCAACAUCUAUCGACACCUUUCCGACUGUAUCGAUUUGCACAUUACGUCUCAUGGCGACCACCUUCGCAUGACGGCUUGCACGCAGCCACUUUGUGAGCAAGAUCCGUGGCAGACAGGUCUCGAACGUUAUGAGGCGCUGGAUCCGCCCUUGCUUCAAGCACUCAUCGCCGGACAUAAUCCAACAAGCGGCGGAGUGGUUGAGAGCACGUCCCUUGCCGGAUAUGAGGAAUGGGUACGGCGUCUGAGUUCUUCAUGGGGCUCCCAUUGGCAAUGCGAAGAGAUCGCAUUGGGUGCGAAAGGGAAGCACAGGAUACAACAUCCAUUCUCGGCCUUGCUACAUGUCUGCAGAGUAAUCCACGAUGAGAUCAUCGAGACUUUAGCUCGUCGCGCGGUUGUCAAUGUUACUGAUCUACAAACGCUGGCCAGGAUGGCUGAGAUAUGUUCCGAGCUGCUUCAUAGAAAAGCGCCUUUAUAUACUCCCGUCUCGAAUCUGCUUCCAACACUGAGAAAGAUCUGCAUCACUCUCGUCUUUCCCUUCAAAGUGCUUAGAGAGAUGGCAAAUUCACCCGAAUGGAGGGCCUGGCGGGACGCCAAUAAUUCCAGGGAUGGAGCAGGUCAUUAUCAAGGUAGCUCAUACUUGCACACAGACGGCUGGCGGGUAUGGGAGCAGCUCGACGCAGUCAUCACCAGCUUCCCAGAGCUGAGGAGCCUUGAACUCUGGCUUGACCAUGGGGAUGCCGAUUAUUCCUGGAUCGACGCAAGAGAGCGGCAUUUGAUACACUACUUGUUCCCACUAGCCGCGAUUCCGAAGCUGCAAGUUUCCCUGCAUCUUCCUAAGAUCUCGCCAUUUUUUGCACGGCCCGAUUACCAUUUCAUUGAAGGAGGUGCUCCGUCACCAUUUAAGAUCCGCCGCAGACUACGCCAAAUCUUCUUGGUUGGCGUGUUCACUUCUGAUUGGGGAGGAAGUUGUUCUAUAUCUCCACUUGUCAUUUUUAGACCCGAAUUUCCCCUGCUCGUACAUCAAAUCGAAUUUCAAGAUUGGCCCAAGGAUGUUGUUGAGGAGAUGGAACGACGAGAAUUAAAGAAUGGAUUCUAUACACAUCUACGUGAGCUCCCACGGGAAGCGUCGGUCGCUUACUAUCUUGGAAGACUUCGACAGAUUUCGCGCGAGGUGGAAGCCGCGUCUUCUGCAGAUGUUGCCAGGGAUGGAAACGUGAAAGAAGUUCAGUAAUACCCGGUCUUCCACUGGAAAAUUAUUUGUAAUUUCGGCUUUGUACUGUGGAUAAGCGGGGAAAGCUUGCCUGUUUUGAAGAGACCGGGAACUGUGGUCAUGUCAAAAUCAAAGGCAAUACAAUGUUCUCUGUCCUCAUUCUAUG